AUGGCUUCAUUCGAUACAGAGUCUGUUGAUGGGCUUGAGAAUGCUGCAUUUGACUUCAUCGUAGUUGGCGGUGGAACCGCUGGCUUGGUGGUAGCCAGUCGAAUCACCGAAGAUCCCAACCUGAGCGUUAUCGUCCUUGAAGCAGGUACAAAUCGACUCGGAGAUCCUCGAUUGACAGUUCCAGGAUUAGGUGUGGCUACAUUCGAAGACCCGGAUUUCGAUUGGAACUUCCGAUCAACUGCCCAGGAACAACUUAACGGUCGCAUCAUUUUAGCUAAUAAAGGCCGUACACUUGGUGGUUCCUCUGCCAUUAACCUUGGAAUGGUCGUGUACCCAUCUCGAACUGGAUUGAAUGCAUGGGAAGCAUUGGGAAACCCUGGCUGGGGCUGGGAUGGCUUAUCCCCGUAUAUUCGCAAGUCUCAAACUGCGGCUGCACCCUCAGAUGCCAAUCGGGAGUUCUUCAAGGGUAUGAAGUUCGAACAACAGGAUCAUGGUAGCAGUGGACCUGUCCAAGUAUCUUUCGGUGAUCAGUAUAUGCCAUACCACCAGGCGUGGAUGCAGACUUUUGAGGGAUUGGGAUAUCCGCAGAUUGAAGAUCCGGUUAAUGGUGCUGGUCUGGGUCCUUUUGUCACACCUGGUGCUAUCGAUCCUGUAACACAUACCAGGAGUCAUUCGGCGGCUGCAUACUUGGGACCAGAUGUGCAGGCUCGACCUAAUCUCCGUGUUGUGACUGGUGCACUGGUGCAAAAUAUCAUCUUGGCGAAGCAGGGCGAGGAAGUCCUUGCUACGGGUGUCAAAUUUCAAAAGGGCUCGGAGACAUACAGCAUUCAGGCUAAGAAAGAAGUCAUUCUGGCUGCGGGAGCAACGCAGACUCCUCAGAUCUUGGAGCUUUCAGGUAUUGGAGAUAAGAAGAUCCUGCAGUCCCAAGGAAUCGAACCCAUUAUCGAAAAUCCUAGCGUUGGAGAGAAUCUGCAAGAUCACGGAAUCGUAUCCUUCUCAUACGAAGUGGCAGAUGGACUUCCAUCCGGUGAUAUGGCCAAAGAUCCGAACGUUGCAGCGGCAGCGAUGGCUGCCUAUCAGAAGAAUGGCUCAGGACCACUAGGCAUGGCACCAUUUGUUUCUGCGUUUAUGCCAUGCUUGAAUAUCGCCGAGGAGGAGCAUGCUCAGAUGCUUCAGGGAUUAAAGGCCUCAAUCGAGAGUCCCGAAACACCUCCUGCACACAAGAAACAGUUCGAGGCCCUGCAAACUGUCCUGAAGGAUUCAUCCGAGCCCACAGCACAGUAUAUUCUUGCACCGUUCCAAUUACCUGCAGUUGAAGGCGAUAACCCGAAACGUCUUUUCGGUAUGCCUUACCCAGGGCUCUUCAUCAGUCUUGUCUCUCUGCUUAGUUACCCACUGUCUCGUGGAUCCGUUCAUAUCGGCUCCGCUGAUCCAAGCGCUGCACCAAUUAUUGAUCAUGGAAUGUUACGCCAUCCAGUUGAUUUGGAAAUGCACGCUCGUCACAAUAUCUGGCUGGAUAAGCUUGUCAAAACUGAACCAUUAGCUUCGCUUCUCAAGAAGGGAGGUCAGAGAUUACAUACUCCGGAGCCUGUGGAUACCCUGGAGGAGUCUAAGGAGCUGUGUAAGCAGUUGAUUCUAUCAAUGUAUCAUGUUAGUGGAACUUGUGCCAUGAUGCCUCAGGAAGAUGGUGGAGUUGUCGACGCUCGAUUGAAGGUUUAUGGCACUUCGAAUAUCCGAGUUGUGGAUGCUAGUAUUUUCCCCCUGGAACCAAGAGGAAACAUUCAGGCGACUGUAUUCGCAGUUGCUGAGAAGGCGGCGGAUAUCAUCAAGGAGGAUGUGAAAUAA